AUGGUUUCUCCUGCUCAUAACCUCGGUGCACUCAUACUCAUCCUAUCUAUAUUGCUCUCAUCACUAUCUUCGCCGAUAAAUGCUCAGCCCACGGGCUUACUUCAGCGUCGCACGGCGAGACAUGUCGCUCCUAACACAUCGGUACAGCUAAAACAGGUGACCCGUACUGAGUUGAUCGAACGAUCCAAAAGAAAAGCUACAAGAACCGCUAAGAGACACGCGGCACCAUCUUGCAGCACCUCAGAUAACCGACAGAUGUUCACUGGGGCGCUAGGUGGUAUAGCCGCACCUGCGGUUUAUGGCUGUUCUGGUACAUGGGUUACAUCGGGUCAGAGGUAUAAUUUCGAGAUUGACGCUCUCAAUGCCAGUUGUUACAAGCAGAUGGAUCAGUGCCAAUUGGCGGCUAAUCAGAGUGGUAAUCGGGGUGAUCUGACAGUGUCCAAUUGCAACGGGCAGCAAGUACAGGCUUGCUUGAAAUUAGCAUCGGAAACAGCAUCAUAA